AAUUUUAAUAAAAAAAAAUAUUUAUUUUUUUGCAAAUAUCAAGCAAUUGCAGAUUGAAUGAUUGAAGUAUUAGUGAAUGAUCCGAGGCGAUCCAAUUUAAAUAUUGGAAGUAGUGAUAAAAUUAUGUCAUCAGCACAUUUUGCAGCUUCAUUUAGACGAUCGCCAAGUAUUCAGAAUUCUUCAGCUCCUUCGUCGCCUCCCGCUGGAAUGGCAAUCACAGCAUCAACAACAGUACCGCAAGGCGCUCGCAGCGCAUCUCCAAUAAGUGCCCAAACACGACCCGGCACAGGACCUCCGUCAAGCGAGAGACAAACAACGACAAUUCCCGCAACUUCAGGCAGUGCGCCGAGACCUUCAUCUGCUGCGGGCGCUCAAGGAGCUCCAAAAUGCUGUGAUAAUGGGCGACUUGUUGUCGAUCCACACACAAAUCAAACCAUGUGUUCGUGUCAAUACGAACGCGAAGCGUACCAAAAAUUAGCAAGUAUGGGAUUACCGGGAUCUGCAAUGCAAUUAUAUGGCGCUCCAUAUCCAGAAGGCAUGGCAGCUUACUUUCCGGGACUCGAUCAACCUCCUUUCUAUCCAAAUCCGGCGGCGGCUGGUUUAGAUUUAAAAGAGAAUUUAGCAGCAGGUGCAGGCGCACCAUGGCCUGGAUAUCCUCCAAUGUACGAUCCAUACGGCCCGUUUGGAGGUUAUCCAUUUAGUAAUGGAUAUGUUGAUCUAAAUGGAGCUCGGCGGAAAAAUGCAACACGAGAAACGACAAGUACACUAAAAGCUUGGCUUCAGGAACACAAGAAAAAUCCGUAUCCAACAAAGGGAGAGAAAAUUAUGCUCGCAAUAAUCACAAAAAUGACAUUAACGCAAGUAUCGACGUGGUUCGCGAAUGCUCGGAGACGAUUGAAGAAGGAAAAUAAAAUGACAUGGGAGCCGAGAAAUCGCGUGGAAGAUGAUGAUGUCAAUCUAGAAGAUGACGAUAACAAAAGUGACGACGGAAAAGAUUUACUUGAUUCCAAAGACUCCGGCACAGCAUCAAGCGAAGAUGGCGAUCGACCAUCCCGCAUGGAUAUGCUCGAUCGUUCGCAUCCCGCACAUUGGGAUGGUUCUCGUAACGGAAGCGGGCCCAAUUCGCCCGAUAUUAUGUACGAUCCUCGUCAUCCGGGGCAUCCAGCGCACCAUCAUCUCGCUGCGCAUGGUCAUCCAUUGUUUCACCCCGCCGCCUUGCAACAUUUACGCCCUCCCGUUGGCACGCCGCCCGACAGCAAUCACAAUACAACGCCAAACACAAACAAUAAGCCACGAAUUUGGUCGCUUGCCGAUAUGGCGAGCAAAGAAAACUCAAGUAGUAAAGAUCGCAGCGAAGAGAAUCCGUAUGCACAAAAUUCGUCGCCGGGUAAGAUUAUGUCGCCGCUUGCACGAGGACUUCCAUACCAUCCGUAUCUGACGAGGCCCGAAGCGUAUCGGAGUUUGUAUCCGAGUGCGCAUGAACUUGCUGCCUUGGAACAAUAUCAGAGACACUUUCUCGCCGCAAACGGAUUAUCGAGUGCGGGUUUAAUGGGAAAAGGACCUUUUACGCCGUUGAGCUUAACGACAGCGCCUCCAAAUCACAGUAGUUCAAGUAGCAAUAAUAACAAUAACAGUCCCCAUCUGCUGAGAGCUUCAUCGCCUGCGUCGAGCACAUCGUCGACAGAUCGCGAAAUUAGUGUUAGCGACAAACCCACUCCGCUUACGACACAUAAACCUUGACAGCUAGAAAUUAGAA